UUUUAACUUUUCAAGUGCUUUUGAUUAAAAAUACCUAAUCUACUUUGCUUCACGGGUUUUUUAAAGAAUCAUUCUUGUUCUCUAAACCAACUUCGUAGAAAUAUAGAGGAAGUUAAACUUUAUACAGUAUUUGAAUCUUUAAAGGUAUGAGCAUCCUAAACAGUAACUCACUUCUCAUAAAGAUCUUGCCAUUCCUAACUGUACUUUACUAAGGUAGCUGUUUAAUAAAAACAUAUUUAUGCAGAUUCUAUAGAGCAACUAAAACUGGACCCAUAGAUGUGGUUAGUAGCACAAAAUGUGUAUGGCAGUUGGCAUUUAUUUGCAGCGGUAUAUAAAAUUGUUAAUAAUCCUGUCAAAUCUGUUCAUGAAUAAUUUAUUAAUCCGAUUGCUGGAGUGCAGUGCCUACAGGAACUCUAUGUAUGCGUGCAUGUGUACACACCCCCCAUGCAGGAAGGACUCUACUGCCGUAUUCCAGAAAUGACAAAGAAAAAGUAAAAAUAAGCAAGAAUCACAUAAUUAGAUGUCUUACAGUCUCAUAAAAGGGCAGUGCUGCGAGGUUAAGCUGGUGAGCUAAAAAACAAACAAAACAAACAAAAAACCACAAAAACAAAAUCCAGUUGCCUGAGAUCGGAGCUCCCCGCAGGAUUCGCGCAGAGCGAGGAGCGGGGAGGACGCCGUUUGCGGGAGGCGGAGGCCGGGAUCCCGACACCGUCCGCAGUCUCCCCGGGGUCUCUCAGGGAACCGAGCUGGUGACCGUCCGAGGUAAGCGCCGAACCAAGGAGAAACCGCCGAGCGCGUCCACAAAGCGCCCGAGGCCGCCCUUCUCGCCAAGGCUCGGCAGCUCCCGCGGCCUGCGCUGGACAAGGAAGAGCUGGACGGAAACGGUGGGAGGCCGUAGGCGGCGGUUGGGGGCGCGGGACCCGCGCGCGGGCGCGGAGGCGAGCGGUGAGGCUCCGCAGCCCUCGCCGCCGCCAGCCGCCCCGAGCCGCGUGCGCGCGCGGCCGCAUCAGCUGAGCGCGCUGCGCGUGUCACGUGGUGUGCGUGUCGAAGGUCACGGCGCGCUCACAAUGGAGCUCUCGGAGUCUGUGCAGAAAGGCUUCCAGAUGCUGGCGGAUCCCGGCUCCUUCGACUCCAACGCCUUCACGCUUCUCCUCCGGGCGGCAUUCCAGAGUCUGCUGGACGCCCAGGCGGACGAGGCCGUGUUAGAUCAUCCAGACUUGAAACAUAUCGACCCAGUGGUUUUAAAACAUUGUCAUGCAGCAGCUGCAACUUACAUACUAGAGGCAGGAAAGCACCGAGCUGACAAGUCAACUCUAAGCACUUAUCUAGAAGACUGUAAAUUUGACAGAGAGCGAAUAGAACUGUUUUGCACGGAAUAUCAGAAUAAUAAGAAUUCCCUAGAAAUCCUACUGGGAAGUAUAGGCAGAUCGCUCCCUCAUAUAACGGAUGUUUCUUGGCGCUUGGAAUAUCAGAUAAAGACCAAUCAACUUCAUAGGAUGUACAGACCUGCAUAUUUGGUGACCUUAAGUGUACAGAACACUGAUUCCCCAUCCUAUCCAGAGAUUAGUUUUAGUUGCAGCAUGGAACAAUUACAGGACUUGGUGGGGAAACUUAAAGAUGCUUCGAAAAGCCUGGAAAGAGCAACUCAGUUGUAACUUGGGGAAGUUAACGAUCCGCCCGAGUGCAGAGGAAAACCAGAGACGCCUUGCCUUCAGCUGAACCACCGUUUGUGCGAGCUGGAUGUCCUUUUCAGUAGAAAAGAAUUUUCCUUUUGAAUUUAUACCAUUCAUCAAUUUUGACACUUUAAAAACAUGUGUGAAAGGGUUAAGAGGGAAAGAUACUGCCCAAGUAUUUGAAUCGUUUAGUAGUAACUGUCCAUUUAUCCUAUUUUGAUCUUUUUCAAGUCUUCUGAAAGGAAGUAGACAGUAUUACACCCUGAAUAAAUAAGGUGGUGUUUUCCACAAA